CAUAUCAAAUAACGGAUUGUCGUCUAGUGACCCGGGCUGUGAGACCGCCCACUUCAAUAUGCGAGUUCGAACAGCAGACCAGUGCUUUAUUUGCACAGGGGAGCUGACUUUGGUGACACACUGUCUCUAGAUUAGCCAGUUUUCAGACCUCACUACCGACUUCAGACCUCCAGAGGAAAGACAGUGAUUUAUAGAUUAGAUACUGUCUGUCGUUCCUGUGCAUGCUGCUCAGCACUGUUGAAGCAGCAGACUCCGUUAAUAGAUAAAAGUGAAGACAGGAGCAGAUCCACACCUUAAUCCAUCAAAAUGACCGGCACUCUCUCCAUUGCUGUCAUGGCUCCAUUAAUGCUCCUUUUCUUCAUUGUGUCUGCAGCAGCUUCAGACAAACUUGUUGUGUACCCUGGAGAUGAUGCCACUCUGCCAUGUCAGGCUGCUGAUCCCUCCUUCAGAGCUGUAGAGUGGAGCAGACCUGACCUGGAACCAGAGUAUGCCCUCUUCUACAGAGAUGGACACUUGGAUACUUACAAACAGCAUCCAUCCUUUAAGGAGAGGGUGGAGCUGGUGGACAGACAGCUGAAGGACGGAGACGUGUCUUUAAUUCUGAAGAAUGUGAGCAGCAUCGACACUGGAACAUACAAUUGUCUAGUUAUAACUAGACGUACAAAGGGAGACAUUGACUCUGACCAAAUCCGAAACACCAGAAUCAUCCGUCUGCAGGUUACAGAGCCAGAUAUUAUUUUGGUAGUGCACCUUGGAGAUGAUGCCAUUCUGCCAUGUCAGGCUGCAAAUCCCUCCAUCAGAGUUGUAGAAUGGAGCAGACCUGACCUGAAGCCAGAUAUCAUCCUCUAUUACAGCGAUGGACACUUGGAUCCAACCUACCAGCAUCCAUCCUUUAAGGACAGGGUGGAGCUGGUGGACAGAGAUCUGAAGGACGGAGACGUGUCUUUAAUUCUGAAGAAUGUGAGCAGCAUCGACAACGGGACAUACAAGUGUGGAGUUUCACCACAUAAUUCAAGACGUAAAAAGAGAGGCAUCGACUCUGAGCCAAUCAGAACCAUCCGUCUGCAGGUUACAGAGCCAGCAGGUUCAAACAGUGAAAACUCCAAGGAAGAAAACUCAACUCCUGUAGGCUGAUAUGUUGGAUUGGGAGCAGGUGUUACAGUUGGACUGCUUCUUGUAACUGUUGCAGCGGUUGGUGUCCUGAGGAAAAGACAUAAGGACAACAGACCAGAACUGCCUGGCCUUGGAGAAGCAAGAAAGUAUCAGCUCCUGAUGUCCCAGACCUCUUUUCACCCGACUGAUAAUGCCAAUGGGUUGGACGACAAAAAAAAAAGGUUGGACGAAAAACGACAGUCAGCCAUCUUGAAGCUUCGCUAAACAGGCUCUCAAUUUUUUUAGCAGCAAACGUUUACAAUAAUGAUGUGCAUUCAAACUACGGCACAUGUGUACCAACGGGAUACAAUGGUACAGAUAGGAGUAUAUGCAGGAAACGUUAUUACAGACGGAAUACUCAGCACACUACGCAAGCUUCGCCUGCUACGGAGACCAGCACCUCGACAUGUGGUUUCACUCGAUGCCGGUAGCGGGGUUAGGGGACAUUCUCAGCUGCUAGGUGGAAAGGUACCGCUAGCCGGCCACCUGUCCCAUCCAUCCUGCUUGCAAGUGUCCGCUCAUUACACAACAAACUGGACUACAUCCAACUUCAACGAUACUCCCAACUGCUCUGUCGCCGGGUAAGACUCGUGGAGGUGGGCUGUGUUAACUUUCUGGACUGGUGCAGAAAUGGUGUGCUUGGAUCCAACUAACUGCUCACCGCUGGAGGAGUUUGUGACUGUUAAAUGCCGACCAUUGUACAUUCCACGCUAAUUCACGGCUGUGGUUAUACUCAGUGUUUACAUCCAACCAAGCGCUAAUGCUAGUAUGCGUUAGCUGAACUUUACGGAGUCUAUAAUGCGUGUGCACUAAA